UGUUCGUACAUUCAAUCACUUAUUAAUGUAGUACAUGUAAUUCAUUGUUAUUAUCAGUAUUCCAGUGUGUUAUCCAAGUUUCUGCUGCAAAAUCUUGUCUUGCCAUUAACAGGGAGAAGGGAACCAACACAGACCGGCCGUUCACCGACCGUUGCGAAUUUUGCAACAAGACAUUCUCUAGACGCGAUCAUCUGCUAAACCACGUGAGGCAACAUACGGGCCAAUCACCGCACCGAUGUCAAUUCUGUUCAAAAACGUUCACCAGAAAAGAACACCUUGUCAACCAUGUGCGUCUACACACCGGCGACAGCCCAUUUCAAUGUCGUUUCUGCAACAAAUCGUUCACGCGAGACGAACACUUGACCAAUCAUGUCAAACGUCACACCAACGAAUCGCCUCGCUGCGAGUAUUGUCUGAAAGCGUUCACACGGAAAGAACACCUCAUCAACCAUGUAAGGCAACACACGGGCGAAACGCCUUUCAAAUGCGACUACUGUCCCAAAGCGUUUGCCAGGAAGGAUUACCUGACAAACCACACUCGCAUACAUACGGGUGACGUGUACAAGUGCAUGUUCUGUGUGAAAACUUUUACACGCAAGGAGCACCUGACCAAUCACAUUUGUCAUCACACCGGCGAGGCGCCACACAAGUGUCUCUACUGUCCAAAGAGUUUCACACGCAAAGAGCACCUGAAAAGUCACACCUACAUUCAUACGGGUGGCUCACCGCAUCAGUGUCACAUCUGCAUGAAACACUUCACGCGCAAAGGCCACCUCGUCAGUCAUAUACGAGUUCACACCGGAGAAUCACCGUUUCAAUGCGAGUUCUGUUUGAAGGUGUUUACGCGGAAGGAGCACCUGACGAAGCACAGCAAGCAGCACGUGAUGCAAACCAACCUGAACUGCAACGUGUGCUCGAAGCCAUUCACCGACAAGCAGCAGCUCAUCCUGCACAUGGACAGUCACUCCGGUGACAAGCCCUUUGUCUGCGACGUCUGCGGCAAGGCGUUUCCCAUGAAGGGCAACCUCCUGUUCCACCGUCGCUCGCAUGAGAAGGGGCGGGUGCCACGCGAACGUCCCUUCCGCUGCGACGUCUGCCCCAAGGACUUUGUGUGUCGCGGCCAUCUUGAAUCGCACAAGCAGGCGCAGCAUGCGCCGCAGCCACCGCAAGUGAAGACGCAGCCGCAAUCGCAUGCCGCCGCCUGCGUUGAGCCCAGCGGCCAGCAGAGGCACUUCAAGAAGCAUGCGGCGGUCGCAGCGCAGGACGGCACCAAUCAGACCACAGUCAACUUGUGCGACUUCCAGUCGCUGCCACUCGUUCUCAACUAUCCCACGCUGCCGUUUCUCUACGCCACCAAAUAGGUAACAACCCUGUAGUUAGCUACAGAUCUGUCCAUGGUUCUGUAGUGAGAUUCACUUUAAACUGUCACCAUCAACUGAAUGAUAAGCAGAAAUAAGGCUCACUUUUUUCAUUCAAAAAUUUUAUUUUUAUUUUAAAGUUCAUUAUGUUUCCAUUUAUGUGAUAUUAGCAACUUCUAACUAUGUACAAAUGGUUCCUCAGGCUGGCCACUUACUGUAGAACAUGCAUGAUACACAGUCGUAAUACAUUGUUUGUAAUCACAGCAAAACGCUUCCAGUAAUUUGUUGAGUUCGGGUUUUUGUAUAUCCAAUUUUUUCUGUUUUGUUUAUUGCACUACUUGAGGUUAUAUUUUUUCUCUAUAAUUUUAAUUUGUUAUUUUCCAGUGGUUUAUUUAUCGUUGUUGGUUGUUUAUUUUAUGUUACAAGCCUCUUGCUGAUGAUGAACAUGCAUGAUAUGCAUGUUCUAUCGUUAUUGGCCAGCCUUACAAGUGUUUUGAUUUUGUAAUUGUUUGAAUUUCUAUUUUGUAUUAUAUUAAUUUAUAUCUUACUUUGAAAAUCUCAAUUGAGUUUUUCAUUUGAUCGCAUUGUUUGAAUUGGGCCCCUCAGAAUAGAAAGACAUCGUCAUUUGAUGACUUGAUGAAGUGAUACAGUAGUUUCAAUUCAAACACAACAAUUCAAAAUUGAUGUUACUUGGAGGGCUGAAGAGAAUCUCACUAUAUAAAUUUGGCAAUAUUGAUGUGAAUAAGUCCUUAUAUCCUCUUUAAUACAAACUUUGAAACAACAUAGAUAACCGGUAUAUCAUAUUAUCUGUGAUUCAUUAAUGGAAAAAACCGGAUGAAAUUAAGAAUUAUGCAGUCUGGAGGACCCUGUUCAUUCCUUAUGCUACGAAAUAAGUAAAGGCUUUGCCAGGUAUGCCUGUUCAAUAGUUCGAUAUCUUGUUCUAGAUCUAUAAAAAUGUUUAAUGCUAGGAUUAGUAGGAAAACUAGUUUCUUUUCUUGUAUUUAAGAAAAAAUUAUCAACUAUAAAAUUUUUGCAUAGAUUUUAUUCAGAUAUUCACAGACGAAUAAAUAAUUUCGUGAAUAUUUUAGAUAGUUUCUAUUGAUGAGUUGCUGUAAAGCUGAGUCAACACUAAGAACAUAUUUUAGAAACACGUUUCUUGGAGAGCGAACAUUAUUUUUAGAAAGCAGUGUUUGUCCGAACUUUUUGAAUUUUUGUUCCAUGAUGAGUUUCUUAACUAAGAUCUUUGUUUAUAUAUCGGAUGAAGCUCAGAAAAACAAUAUUAUUUUGAAGAAGAAGGCAGAAACAACUUCUUCAAUUUUCUAAAUUUAGUCUCAUAAGUAGUUCAAAUAUUUAGGUUAUGUAAAAAUUCAUAUUCACACCAAUUUAUUCAUCUAGAAAAUUUAAUAAAGCUUUUGAUUCCAAAUUUGGAAAUCUUAAAUAUAAGAACAUAGAUCUUUGAAAUAUACAUAGGCUAUAUUGUUUUUGGUGUGGUCUCAGCUUAAGUAGCACCAUGCCCAAGGAAUUUGCUACUGCUCACAGAAAAAUAGGUAACAGAAUACCUAAACUUUUGAAAAGGUAAAUAAUACAGAAUGUUUGAAAACUCAAACUUGAAAUGGUUAUGGUUUAGGUUUCGUGACUCUCCAAUGAGGAAUGUUCCCAACUAAGAUUUAAAGUAGGCUCUUUUUAUUUUCAUGUAAUUGACUGAAUAUAUGAAAACUUACUCAGCUUUUCGAACAAUUCAAUAGAUUUUACAAAUAGAUUCGGUUUACAAGACUGAUCAAAACUGAUAUUUUGACAGACCCUUUUCUAUUUCCUAUAUAAAUAUUAGUUUUAUUGAAUAGAAUUUUUAUUCUCAACAAUUCACUUUUAUUUUUACUCGUACAUGAAUUUUAAGCAAAUGCCAAAACAAUAAAAUUAUAACUUAAUAUAAUUAAGGAAGAGCCGCCCUCGCUUUGCAUGUCGAAACAGACAUACCUGUGAUCAGACGUCAUGACGUCAGAGGUCAUGAGGCCUCUCUGUCUGCAAAGCGAGGGUGGCUCGUCCUGCUAUCGGAAUCCGAGGAAAACAGAUGGGUCACUCUAUUAGUCUGAUCUUCUGUCUCAACUUGGGUCAUUGGGCAAGAGGGUUACCUGAUUUGCAGACAUUGAUCAAAUUGCUUCUGACCUUCAGAAUGCAAUCAUGAGCUGCUUUCAGGACAGUUGCCCAUUACGGCGGGGAAAGAGUCACACCAAUACUAAGUGGUGGACUGCUGACCUUGACCGCAAAAGGGCGGCCAUAAGGAAGCUUCAUAACCAUUGCAAACGGAGCCGUAUUUGGGAGCCAUACCAUAGGGCACUCACAGAAUACAGCCUUGCAAUGAAGAAAGCUAAAGAAAACUCUUGGAGACAAUUUACACAAGAGGUAAACACAGAGGUCUCAGUGCAGCAGCGAAACUGCAGCGUGUUUUAGCUUCAAGCCCAAUUGGCCUCUUGGGAACUCUUAGGUCACCAGGGGGACAAUAUACCACUGGAAUUGAUGUGAGUCUCAAACUUCUUCUUGAGACUCACUUUCCAGAUUGUACCUUCGAGAGUGAUUGCUCAGGCAUGUCUGGCAACAGCGAAAUGAGGUCAUGGCCAAGAGCUGAUCGUGGAAGCUGGACUUUAGCUAGGCGAAUUGUCACACUCCAAAGUUAAAUGGGCCAUAUCCAAGUUUGGCCCCUUCAAUUCUCCUGGGGGGGGGGAUGGCAUAAUAUCAGAUAUGCUGCAGCAAGGACCAGAAGCUCUACUAGCUCUCUUGUGUGAACUUUUUAGAGCAAUUCUGGCCUAUGGGUACAUCCCUCAAGCCUGGUGCCUCAGUAGAGUGGUCUUCAUUCCAAAGAGAGGAAGAGCAGACUACUCAACUGCAAAAUCAUUUCGUCCCAUCAAUCUCACAUCGUUUCUCUUGAAGACGCUGGAAAGACUGGUGGAAAGACAUCUAAGGAAGGGAGUGCUUUCAGACACUCCCCUCCACAGGAAUCAGCAUGCUUAUCAGCCUGGCAAGUCCUGUGAAACAGCCCUGCAUCAGCUUGUGAGCAGGGUGGAGGACCGCCUUGCUGCCAGGGUUUUUGUUUUUUAUGCCUGUUUUUUUAAUAUAGAUAUUUUAAAUAUGUAAACUGUAAAAGUUUUCUAUUAGGCUACCUUAGAUUGAUAUUGAUCGGACUGUCUAAUUCAAAUUGAAAAUAUAAUUAAUCAAUAAACUUAAUAUUAUAAUAGGCCAUUUCUUUCCUGGAAAUAACAAUAAUUUUCUGUCAAAUCUCAUAUCUCAAAAUAUCUUUCUUGGGUUAGUUACAGACACAAAAAUUAAAUAAUUAAUAAAUUGGUUGAAUAUUAAAUUAAUUAAUUUUCAAGUUAAAAAUAUAUCUGAAGUGAUAAUCCCAUAAUAACAAAACUGUCGGUAAAUAGCCUAACAUACAUAUCGGUUCUUAAUUGGUGUAUUUAAUUGCCCCCCCCCUACUUUUAAUGUAAAAAUAACUUUCCUUAUUUUACUGUAGAAUAUUAACUGGUUGAUAAAUUUGAUAGCCUAUUAUCUAUAGUAUUGAAUUGUAUUACGUUCAACUAUGAAAUUGAAACAAACCACUACUAGUAGGGGAAAUCCCGCAGUUUUAUAUCAGAAUUAUAAAUUCAGAAUGGACAGAACAUCACCCGAUGGAAGUACUAUAGUUUGGCGAUGUGGUAUUUCUUUGAAAACAAAUCCGGAUUUUCUUCUCUUGACUAGUGAUAAAUUGAAACAUGAUCAUUUACCGAAAGCCACUGAUUUAUCGACUACUGAUAAUAGCUUGUUAUCGCUGAAUGAAACUACUGUUCAUGAUAAUAAUGUUGCUGCUUUUGACGUAUCUAUUAAUUCACCUGUUGACAAUUUUGAAGUGAUAGCAUCAGCUGAUCCUGAAGUCCUAAAUAAAACCAACUCGUGCAGCACCCCUAUAAAUACGAGUUAUCCAGCAUAUUCGUUUUCUAGUGCUAUGCGUAACGAUGAAGACUUGACAGUGGUAUCACUGCGAAAGGAAAUCAGUGACUUGAUGGAUAAAAUGGCAACUUUGAAACAGCAAUGGAAUGAUGCAAUAGAACAUGCUAUUGAAACAGAUAAGACGUUGAUGGAAAAUACUACUAUAUUAGAUAAAAUGAAAAUUAGUAUAGAGGUUUUGGAAGCUCUCAUAUCAUUGGCAGAAGAAAGUAAUUUCGAAAUCUCGGCAGUAGAGCUCAAAUUGAAUAUGAUGUCUCAAAGAAUUGAAAACACUGCCCUGAAAAGUGAGAAGAAAUGUAUAGAAAUUGAGCUCCGGGAUCUAAAGAAUUUUUUUAUGCCAGGUGAUACGAUAUCAAAUAAUACAUUAAUCUCUUCCAUUCCUGUAGCGAAAAACUCAUUCGACAUCCUAAAUGAUUAUGAAAAAUGACAGUCAUGACAAGUAGUACUAAUAAACGCAUAAAAGAAAAAGCACGAAAAAUGAAACGUAAAAAAAGAGUGUUAGUGUUAGCAGAUAGUCAUGGACGAAAUCUAGGCUGGGAUUUGAAUCGCGAAUUCGAGAAUGACGGCUUUGAAGUAACAGUAGUUGCAAGACCAGGAGGUGAUUUCAAGACAGUCACCCAGUCACCCAGUACAGCCCACUGAACUGGAUCUGCAACCAAUCAUAGAGACGUCUAAGAAAACCAGGGUAUCAAUUUCGACUGUUCCCUAUCGAUACGAUAGAUCACUCAUGAAUGUGAAUGUUGGAAAAUUGAAUAAAUGGCUUACUGAACGGAUUUCUCAUAUUAAUGACUUGGGAAUACUUGAACUCUCAAAAUUUGAAAUAGCUGACUAUACUCGCCACGGGUUGCAUUUGAAUAAGAAUAGAGGCAAGCCAAAACUCAGAAAAUUGAUUAGAGAGCAUCUAAUAGGCAGCUCUAAAACCAUGGAAUUGAAGAUACAAGCAUGAUACAGGAAGGUAGAGAUAUUUCAGUACUGUCAAAUAGCGAUUUUUUAUAGGCUGUGAAGUUUUCCAUGUGAAUUGUCAGGGCCUCUUGAAUGCUGAACUAGAUCUUGAAAUACUUCUGUCAAAUAAGAAUUCAAAUAUUGAUGUCUUGUGUUUGACAGAGCACUGGCUUACUGAGUGUGAAUUAGACGUUUUAUCAUUGCCUGGUUACAGACUUGAGUCACAAUAUUGCAGAAAAAACAAAAUUCGAGGAGGUUCUUGUAUAUUUACACGAGAAGAAUCAGUUAAAUAUUCUAAGAGUAGAGAAGAUCUCAUAUCAUUGGCAGAAGAAAGUAAUUUCGAAAUCUCGGCAGUAGAGCUCAAAUUGAAUAUGAUGUCUCAAAGAAUUGUAUUCUUGAACAUUUAUCGAACCCAAAUUCAGAUUUUGAAGUAUUCAUUGAGCUUCUCAGGUUGGUUCUUUCUAGAGUCAUGAGAGAGAGGGGGAAGUUGGUUUGUCUUUCCGGUGACUUCAAUGUCGAUUUUUGUGGAGAAGGUAAAAAUAAAAAUCUAUUUAAGAAUCUAUUAUUAACAUUCAAAUUGAAUAAAUUGUCAGAUGGCCCGACACGUAUUACAAGAGUAACAGCCACAGAAAUUGAUUAUAUCAAAUUAUACUCCAACUCUGUGUUCCAGUGAAAUAAUUUCCUGUUCCUUCACGGAUCAUGAGGGAAUUAGCGUCAAGUUCAGAGUUGAGAAACCAAAAUCUAAUUCUGGAAAAUAUGAUAAGCCAAAAUUUGGGAAAAGAAAAAUGUUUCAUGUUAUUGAUCCACCAAAGAUUAGUGCUUUGAAUGAUGGACUUGCUAAAGAGACCUGGCAUUCCGUAUAUGAUUGUAAUAAUGUUGAUGAUAUGUUUGAUAAUUUUAUGAGUACCUAUAUUAACCAUUGUAAUAGCUCAGUCCCAGAGAAGUCAGUAAGCAGUGCAAGAAAGAAUGAUCAUAUUCCCUGGAUUACUCCUGGCAUUAGAAUAUCAAGUGAUAGAAUGUAAACUCUGAGUUUUCUAAUUAAAACCUCAUCUCUAAGUGACUCUCUCGUAUAUAUACAUACGAAUACAGGGUAAAGAUACUUCAGCAUAGAAAUUUAUUACAGAAUUUACAAAAGCAUAUUUAAAAAAGUUUUGAAAGCAGCUAAAAAAAUGGCUGCUACUGCUUAAAUAAAAAAAUCAUCAAAUCAAGCUAGAGCUAUCUGGAAUUUGGUUAGGUCUGAAUCUGCAAAAAAAACGAGGAUCAACCUCAGAUACGUGCGUUGUUGAUAAAAUGAGGAAUUUAAAAACUGGAAAAGAGGCUGCUGACAUACUGCACAAUUAUUUCAUUGAUGCACCACUAAAAAUACAGAAUGAACUCCUGGGAAAAAAUAGUAUAAAUGAUUAUCGUUCAGUAUUCAAUAUGAAUCAUGGAAGUACAAAGAGGUUUUCAAUCUUCAAUCCCAUGAGUUGUGGAGAAUUAAAUAUGAUAAUUAAAUCCUUGAAAAAUAAAAAAUCCUGCAACUGUUUUAAUAUUUCAAAUUAUUUGGUUAAAAAAUCAGCAGAAAACAUCUUGGAGCCACUAACUUUCAUUUUUAGUAGUUCUAUGACUGUGGGCUAUGUACCCUCGAAACUAAAAUUGUCAAAAAUAAUUCCUACUCAUAAAAAAGGCAAAAAAGAAAUUCCAGAAAACCGCAGACCUAUUGCUAACACGCCUGUAUUUCUUAAAAUUUUCGAGUAUGCAGUGCUUAGAAGAAUGAGAGAGUAUUUAAAUCGAAUAGGUUUACUGUCAUCUGAUCAAUUUGGUUUCCGGCCAGGUUUUUCAAUAAACGAUGCUCUCUUUUCAAUUGUAGAUGAUGUUUGAUAGCUGAUCUCUCCAAAGGUUUCGACCUUGUUAAUGUUGAGAUUAUGAUGAAAAAGCUGCAACUGUAUGGUUUUGAUGGUGCUGUCCUUAGAUGGUUCUUUUCAUAUUUCGAUAAAAGGUACCAGUAGGUUGUAAUAUUGAUUCUCACUGCUAUGAGUAUCAUUCUAAUUGGAUGAAAACGAGAAGUGGGGUCCCCCAGGGAUCAGUACUCGGUCCCCUUCUUUUUGUUAUCUAUAUAAAUGACUUACCUUCUUACCUUGAACUAGCAAAGAGUGUUUUAUAUGCAGACGAUGUUAGUAUUAUACUAAAAAGCAAUAGUCAGCCCAAUGCCCAACUGGAGAGCAAAGCAGCACUUAUUGAAUUACAAAAAUGGUUAGUUGCUAAUAUGUUAAUUCUGAAUAAAGAAAAAACAAAAGAAAUACUUUUCGAACUACUAAAGGGGGUAGCUUGGAAAUUGAAUGCAAUAAUAUAGACUCUGUAAGUAGUAUAAGAGUUCUUGGAGUGGUGAUUGACUCGGAUCUUUCAUGGAAACCACAUCUGGAAUGCCUGAAAACCAAACUUAAUUCAGCAAUUUUCGUUCUCAGAAACCUAGAGGCUUCUCUGGAUUUGAUGGCUCUUAAAAGUGUGUAUUUCGCCCUGUUUCACUCCUUUCUGAAAUAUGGAAUUAUUUUUUGGGGUAAUUCUAGCAGUGCAAUCCCAUCAUGUCCGGGAGAAAGAAAAGUUGCGGAAUAGAGAGUCAGUGUAAACAGUAUCCUACCCUGAAGAAAUGAAACAGGGUUCAAGGUUAUGGUGAGAAUAGUGCUGAGUUAUAAAACUAAAAUUCCAAUGUAUCUGGAAGCAGCUGCUGUAAUAAAGAAAAAUUCUUAAAAGGAAAUUUUGAUGACUGUAACUAAAUACAAAAAGAAGAACAAGGGAGAAGAGAAAGAAAAAAAAUAAUACUCUUCCCACCCCAAAAAAAUAACCUCCUGAUUAUGACAUUAUCAAGAACAACGCAGGAUCAAUGUCACACUCUCAUUCACUCCCACUUGCCAUCCGGACCGAGCACUUUAAACCUAGGACGACCGGCUCUUCACUUACAAGCACCUGGUCUAUUGUAAGGUUUAUACAAGAUGCAAAAUCUGUUGAAAGCUGGGGGAUUCAGGUUCCUGGAAGUAGAUGGCAUUGCUGAUGGAAAAGCCGAUGUGGACAGUGACAACUCUACAUCCAUCGCGGUAGCCUCUGUGAAUGCUCCAGUGACAAAUGAUCUUAUCAGUAAAAACAGAAUAAUGCUUGAUAUUAUACUUGUCUUACAAAUCUUUCACAUGCUUAUUGAAAUACUCCUUCCCUCCAUCUGUCUGGAAAAAACACAUAUGUUUAUUCUUACGAAUAAUGGGUUUGAGUGCAUUAUAAACACUUUUUGCAGUCUUAUUCUUUAAAGGUAUACAAUAAGUGUACUUAGUAAAACAAUUAAUAACAACUAAAAUAUAAUGAUAUCCUUUAUUGAAUUUAGGUAAGCUACCCAUCUCAAUCAGAUCAGAUUGAUAUAAAUCGUUCUCAUUCUUCAACACAUAUCUACAUGUGGGGUAAUUUACACAUGCAGCAGAGUGAAGCUCUGCUGCUAAUUUUGCUCUAUUAUUACUCAUUUUUCUUUGUGUGAAGACACAGUUGAAACAGAGUUCGAUGUGUUGAUCACUACACUGUUACACACACACUGAUCUGUGCAAUCAGUUUACUAUUCUGUAGUGACCAAAUGGUAAAGUAUCGAUUCCAUUCUCUGCAAUAAAGCGCUUGUUAUCGAACGGGCUUAAACAGACCUUUGCACAUUCAAUUUGAUGUAUGUUAUGAUUGUAGGAUCUCAACAUAUUACAUUUUUCCAUAUGUUGGCAUCGUUCAAUCAAACAUUUCUUAUACAAGUCAAAACUAAGUUUUCUAUUUUUUUUAAAUGUGUCUUCACACCUUUUGCUAGACACUUAUUUACAGUUCCCUCCUUCUCAUUAUUUACAAGAAAUGAAUACAAUUUCGCGCAUAAUCCUAAAAAACAUCUUAUUGGAUUUGAAUAAGUUUCAUCCUUAAAUUUCCCUACAACUAUAUUCCUCUCAUUGGAAAAGCAUUUGUGCUCAACUGGAUAGUUUGAGGUGUCAAACAGUUCCAAGUUAUCUCUUAUCAACUGGUAGACAUCAGGUGUCUCUAACCAUAAGAGGAAGCUAUUUGUAUCACUCAUACAAAGCUGGAUGUGUUGCCAUGGUAUGAUUUUUUGCAAUUUACAGUAGAAAAAAUCAUACAUGUGUAGUUCACUCAAAUCUAGGAUACAGAAACCUGAAUAGAUGGGCUUAUUCAUUUUCAGUUCCAGCUUGCGUGAGAAAACUGCAAUCACAUCCAAACUUAUUAUCUGCCAGCGUUUACAUAGGGGAUUUGAAAUGUACUUAUCUAGAUGCUGGGCAUCUGUGAUAAUUUGAGCAUUACAUUGUUGCCGAUUUCCCUGAAUUGAUUUUCCAUAACAUAAAUUUGACAUCCAUUUAAAGAAUAAGAUUUCAAAUUUACAUUUUGCGGCUUGUCUAUUAUGGGUAUUGAACUCAAUGUAGUUCUUUAACCAGGGCAAUUGGGAAAAGCUAAUGACACAAUGUACUUUUGUUAAAUGUAAACCGAGUAGAAGGUACAUCUUCAAAUUCAGGUAAUGAACGAUGUACCUCUCUCAAUCAAAAAGUGUGUUCAUAAGUUUUUUAGUCAGAGUUUGACCACUCUCACUGGUUUGAUACUUGGAGAAUGAUUUGCUAGGUGGGAUUUGAUGAAGUGGAGCGAGGGGGAAAUUGGCAUGCAUAUCAUGUAACUCCUGGGGGUACUUGGUUUUGUGGGGUCAUAUGUAUCAGGGAUGUGUUUGUUAUUGGCUUUGCAAUAAUGCUUGCCAAUAAACGAAACACCACUGCACAUUCCCGAUUCAAACAUUAGAUGAAUAUCAUGAUCAGUGAUCGAUUCGAGUUCAACCUUGGUGUACUUUAACAUACAAUUCCAAGUGUAAUGAGCAAGCGAAAGAAAAUGAGUCACAUUGAGGCUGUGGUCUGGCCAGAGAAUUCGAAUUUUAGCGCCAGAAUGCCAGACUAUAGUUCUGCCAAUAGCAGGCUUGUGU